AUGAAAAUUAAUCUAUUAAAACAAAUGAAGACCAGAGUGAUGAAAAUUUCAGAUAUAACCUUUCACGAAAAGAACCUCAAACUUUUGCACAACCUAUUUACAGAUAACUCUUAUCCCACUGAUUUAGUUAAGAAAAUCCUUUAUGACACCCCUUUAUCCGUUCCUCAGGGUAUAGUAGAUGAAUUAAACAACAUCAAUACAAAUGUCCAAAGAGAAAUAGGUAGCUCCGAACAAAUUGACACUAACAACCGAGAAAUAGGAGAAAAUGUUAAACAUAUUACAACCAAUGAACCAAGUACAAAUACACAAUGAUUUCUCUACCUUAUAUCAAAGAGCUCACACCCAGACUAGCAAGGGUACUUAAUUCUUUUUAUAAUUUCAAAAUUGCCAAUAAAACGGUAUUUUCAAUAAAAAACCUUCACACAAAAGUAAAAGACAAAACAUCUAGAGAGCAGAUGUCACAUGUAGUCUACAGCAUUCCAUGCAAAAACUGCAAUAAAAAAUACAUAGGCCACACAGAAAGGCAUCUAAAAAAUCGCAUAAUUUCACACAAAAGCGACUGCAGACUGCAUCAUGACCGUUGCUCAUUAGCGCUUCAUGUAGUAAAUGAAGGACAUCAGAUGGACUUUGAGUCAGUAGAGGUUCUAGAAAGGGAAACCAAUUACAAGAAACGUCUUUUCCUAGAAAUGGCUUGUAUAGCACAAACAGAAAAUAACAUAAAUAAAAAAACAGACAUCAACCACCUCAGUGAAAUCUACUCCUUUCUUCUAGCAGUAGACAAACAACAUAUGAAAUUCAAUAAUUCAAUAGUUUCCAUUUUAGAAUAA